AUGAACGCGUUUCCAUCGAGUAAGCACCUGAAGGUUUCCUUGACUAACUUAUAUGAAGAGCUCAACCAACCAAUUAAAUACUACGACCUUCCAAUUUUCUUCAAAGGUUACAAAAACAGCCUACAAACCCACGAUUUGUACAAAGUUCUAGACAACUGUCGCUCCAAACAACUAGGAGACGAAUUAGAACAUCAGUGGCAACUCGAGAUUGAUAAAAAAGGAAAACCGUCGAUAUGUCGAGCUUUGUGGAUUUGUUUUGGCAAAACUUUUCUCUGCAUUGGUUUGAUACAACUCGUUUUUAAAUUAGCAACGUCAGUGUGGUUACCAGAAGCUACAUCGAAACUCGUUUCGUACUUCAGUCCAGAUCAAGAAGACUUGACCAGACGCGAUGCCUUUUAUUACGCUUCAGUCGUAAUCGGACUUACCACUUUAAAUUUGUUUUUUUACAACAACUGCAUGCUUGCACUUACUGAGCUUGGAAUACGAGUUAGGACUUCUGUGUGCUCACUUUUGUACCGAAAGUCCUUGAGGCUCACCCCGGAUUCUCUCUCAGAAGUUACAGUUGGGAGAAUUAUCACUGUUAUGACCAAAGACGUUGAUAUUUUCACCGAUUUUUUUUACAACGGGAAUUACGUGUGGAUUCCUCUGGUUCAAACUGUAGUUGUUGGGUACUUAAUCUAUUCGAAAAUUGGAGUCGCUGCUUUUGCCGGAAUUGGGUUCUUCCUCAUCGUUUUACCUCUACAAAUGUUCAUUGCAAAAAUGUCAUACCCGCUUCAUCUCACAAGCAGCAAAAAAACUGACGAAAGACUCGAACUCCUACAAGAAGUCCUUUCCUCUAUCAAAAUUAUCAAAAUGUACACUUGGGAAAUGUUUUUCGAACGCAAAAUCAACACGGCUAGAAAAGAAGAGAUGCACCAACUCGUCAAAUUGUUCAUCACAAAAGUCUGGAUUCUCAUCAUCGGAAGCGUCGGUUCAAAGUUAGCUUUUUUUGUGUUUUUUCUAACGUACGUCUACUUGGGGGACUCUGAAUCAAAAAUAACAGCAGAAAUCGUCUACUACAUCAUGAGCUGCUGUACUGACCUAGAAUUUUCGCUUAGUGUUUUAAUACCAAUAGGACUUUCAUACGCAUCGGAAGCCUACGCCACCACUAAAAGAAUCCAGGACGUUCUAACAGCCAAAGAAUUGCUCCCAAAACAAACGAUAACCGAAACCCAAAAUCCGGAAAUAGUUUUCAGUGGAGUUGACAUCAAAAUUCAGAAGAGAGUGAUUUUGGCGGAUGUAUCUUUCGUUCUAAAGAAGGGUCUGCACGUGAUUUCGGGUCACACAGGUAGCGGGAAAACGACUCUCUUGAAAUUCAUCCUACAGGAGUAUCAAAUGGAGGCAGAAGUCAAAAUAUCUGGAAACAUAUCGUACGCGUCCCAAGAACCCUGGCUUUUUCCUUCAACCAUUAGAAACAACAUUCUCUUUGGCGAAAAAUACUCCGAAGAGCGCUACCAAGAAGUUCUAAGAAUUUGUAACCUAGACUACGACCUAAACUUGCUGCCUGAACGUGAUAACACGAUUGUUGGUGAUCAUGGUAUCAAUUUAAGUAAGGGUCAGCAGACGAGGAUAAACCUUGCAAGGGCUAUAUACAAAGACAGUGAUAUAUACCUACUAGACGAUUGUUUGGCCUCUUUAGACGUUAAUAAAUUCGUUUCAAAAGCUGAUAGCGUGAUUAUGGUAAAUAAAGGGCUAGUCAAAAUUAGUAAAAUGGUGGAGGAAGCAACCGUGGAAUCAAGUGUGGUGAUGGAGACUUCGCCUGAACAGCGAGAAUGUGCACCAAAAGUUGAUAAACAAAUAUAUCACGAAAACAAAAAGUCCGGGAAAGUUAGUUUGAACGAUUAUCAUAAAUAUUUUUCAAGUGGUGGAUAUUUCGCGUUUGGUUUGGUAAUGGCUUUGUUUCUGAGUGCGCAAGGUACAACUAGUUAUGGCGAUAAGCUACUAAGCAACUGGGUGACUUUGGAAGAAAAUCGUUCAAGUUAUGAGGAACUUAAUGAUACGAAGUCUAGUACUUACCAAGCGAUAACCAGCGAAAACACUGGUAAUUUGUACUUGAUCAUUAUCACCGCUACGUCGUCUAUUCUUCUAACGUUGAUCAAAUAUUUGUGCUUUUUUACUUACACGAGGACUGCGUCUAUCAACCUACACAGGGCUAUGGUGCAGGCCGUGGUUCACAGUCCCAUGAGUUUCUUCGACUCCAAUUUCUUAGGGAAUGUUUUAAAUCGGUUUUCCAAAGAUUGUACAACUGUUGACGAAAGUCUCCCUUACGUUCUAUUUGAAUGUUUCACUUUGUUAUUUAUGGCUGCUGGAGGUAUCAUUUUGAUGACAACGGUCAAUAUUGUGUUUUUGAUAGAAUCCGUAUGUCUUCUGAUUUUUGCCUACAUGUUGAAGCAGUUUUGCCAACCCGCUGGACGUGAUUUACACCGACUUAACGUAGCUAGGCAUUUAAACUCAAGUCUGGAAGGUCUCACUACUAUCAGGGCCAGCAACGUCCAAAAACGACUUAUUGAAGAGUUUGAUAAUCACCAGAAUUUGUUCACUUCGGCUAACUACAUGUUCAUGAACUAUCCAAGUGUGGGUGAUGUAGGACUCGCCUUAACUCAGUGUUUCAUGAUAACAGAAAUCAUCAGUACCGGCAUCAAAAAUAUAUCAAGCUGUGAAAAUUAUAUGACUUCAGUGGAAAGAAUUGCAGAGUAUUCGGAAUUAAAAGUAGAAGAUAAGAAAGGUCCGAUUGCGAAAAAUUGGCCAACGGAUGGGAAAAUCCAUUUUGGUGGCGUUUCCUUGACUUACGACAACAAAACCACGUUACACAACAUAAAUUUCACUAUUGAACCUAACGAGAAAGUGGGAAUUGUUGGUAGAACCGGGGCAGGAAAAUCAUCCAUUAUAUCAACUUUGCUACGAAUGUAUCAAACUGAUGGCAAAAUUUCCAUCGACGGUAUUAACAUCCAAGAAGUGUCGCUGCAGUGGCUUAGAUCCCACAUCUCCAUUGUUCCUCAAGAUCCGUUCUUAUUUUCAGGCACAGUUCGUGAUAAUUUAGAUCCUUUAAAACAAUACACAGACGACACUAUAUGGAAAGUCCUGGAGCAACUACACCUCAAAGACUUGAUUGGUGAUCUGAAUAUCAAAAUUGAUAAAAGCUCGAGUUUCAGUGCAGGUCAGAAGCAGUUGUUUUGUCUGGCACGGGCCGCUCUUCGUAAAACCAAGAUUGUGAUCUUGGAUGAAAUUGCAGCUAAUGUUGACAAGGAGACGGAGGAUUUGAUACAAAAAGCAGUCAAGGACUACUUCCAUGCCAAUACUGUGAUAACUAUUACCCAUAAACUAGAGUCAAUUUUGACGUGUGAUAAAGUUCUAGUCUUAGAUAGAGGGUGUAUUAGAGAAUUUGGGCAACCAGCCCAUAAUCAUCGAGUGUAA